GUUUGUUUAUGAGAUUGGGAAUAACUGUGAUCUCAAGCAUCCGUCUGCAUGCAGAGGGUUUUCACAGCAGAUAUUCAGCUUUGUAGAGAAUAGGAGUCUGUGUAUAAAUGGCACACCGUGGAUUUGGCAUCUUCUGGAAGAAUGUGUGGAGAAUGCAUGGGAGUACUGCAGCGUUGUCAUAGGACUGACUUCCAUUGUCUGCUUUCUGUUUGCUGCACUACCGUAAGUUUCAAGUCUUUGGCAGCCCUUAGAUUGAAACAUGAGUAAUCUUGCCUGAAGCCUUUUUCACAAGCUGCCUUUUUUUAAGUUUAUCUUGGAUAUGUUUCUCUGCAUAAUACAGAUAUAUUAUGCCAGAGAAGCAUGUUGUUCAUGUUUAGAACAAUAUUUGGUGGUUGACAAAUGAGCUUGAUGUACUGUUCUGUUGUACUGGCUUGACACUAAUCUCUGCCACUUAGAGAAAAUGAGAAUAAAUCACCUCUUCUCCCUUAUCUUCUCCACCCUGAGAUGUGUGCACACAGCAUGCUUGCUGCAGAGACUGGCUCACUGUGUAUGUAAACCACAUGCCAUGUCACCAGUGCUGUUGAGCUGGGUCCUGCCAGUGAAAUUCAGACUAAGACCAAGUCAGGAACACGAGUUACUGCUUUGGUAGUGCAAAACCAAUUGCUGUUGGGAGAACUGGCACUGGGUUUGGAUUUCCAAUGUGAAGGUAGGAGAUGGCAAAAGGAAAGUAGAAAUGCUGCUUGGAGGUGAAAGUGCCCAAAACAAAAUAGGAUUGUCCUCAUAACAGGAAUAUAGUUUACUGAACUAAUGAAAGGCUGAUGGAAAUCAAAAUCAGAACACGCUCAGUAAGCUGUAGAGCUUUUGAAAUAUGAGUUGAAAGGAGGCUUUACAUUCAGAGUGUCACGUUAGCCACUAUGUGAUUCAUCAAGACGUGUCUGAUGGACUGAAAUUUGGGAUUGCUUCAUAGUUCCCAUUGUGAAUUUGAAGAACAGUUCUUCAAUUUCGAGGCUUAAGUGUUGUUGUCAGCUCUCACAGAAGCUUUGUUCGUUCUUAGCCCUUCUGUUAAAAGCAUUUCCUGUUUCAGGAUUUCAAAGGCUGGUAUUUCCAGCUGAUGAGUGCGAAGCGAUGAAGGCAUAGUUUUGGUGUCCAGACUGAUAUUUCACUGCAGAAGACACACACAUAGCACACACAGAAGUUCACACAAGCAGUAAUGAAGUUGUGAUCUCAGCCUCUAGCAUUGGAGUAAGACACGGUCAGCACUGGUGACACUGAGUUCUCCUUCUGAGUGUCAGUGGAUGUUGCUCUGAUGGGUCUCUUGGAGUUCUGUUGUUAUUCUUUCCUUACUCAGACUUUGAAAAUUGUAUGUUACAACUUGUCAGGCAUUUUUGGCUAACAGUGUGUCCCAAUUCUGGAAUUUGUGCCAGUCAAAUUCACGUUGCCUGUCGGGAUGGAAAGGUGGACCAAGCGCUGUCUUUGGGCUUUCUGCUGUGUUGGAUGGCUGGAGAUGUCACAAAUCUGAUAGGCUGCUAUUUAACAAAUCAACUGCCAAUUCAGACUAUCACUGCCAUCUCCUAUGUUAACAUGGAUAUCAUUUUGAUUUCACAAUUUGCCUAUUGCAAGCUCAAGAAUUGGAAGACGAUGAAAGGCAGCAGAAGGCUGAAGAAUUUCUGUAUAACCUGGAUCUUGAUGUGCAUAACCCUGUGUGUUGUUUUACCCUGCCAGCUGUUUAUCAGAAAGCAAGACCAGAGUUCAGCGAUGGAAAGAAGUAUUAACUCUCUCGAUAUGAUUGAAAUGUCAGGCUUCGUUUGUGGCUAUAUAUCCUGUGUGUUUUACUUGGGAAGUAGAUUUCCUCAGCUGUAUAAAAACUUUCAGAGAAAGUCAACAGAAGGCACCUCUUACCUGCUGUUUGCAUUGGCCAUGCUGGGAAACUGCACGUAUGGCCUCAGCCUUGUCCUAAAGAUGCCUGCUGCUGGAUCUGUCCGGGCCCUCUACUUUUUACACCAUCUUCCAUGGCUCCUCGGGAGCUUUGGAGUUUUGUUCCUGGAUGUUUUUGUGACUGUGCAGUUCCUUCUGUAUGGUCAGCACAAGGAGAGAUCACAUGCCUUGGUGGCACUGGAAGUGGAGCCACUGCUUGUGGGUGAGGAGGAUGCAUAGUGCUGUGCUCAGCCCUGCUCACGCCUGGGGACUUGGAUGGGUCAGACUGCAGGAGCUUUGCAACCACACUUAUUUUUGGUAUUCAUUUGUUUGUCAUUAAUUUGUCACUGCUUGUUUAACGUUUUCAUCUUCACAUCAUUUGCAAAUAUUUAUUCUGUUGCUUCAGAACUGUAUUAAGUCUUUGUUUUCCUGAAUGCUUGCCUUUCUCACUGUGAUGGGAAUCACAGCAGUGGGUGCUUUGGGAGUAUUUAUUUGACACGAUGAUGCCAUGCAUAUGACAAGGUGACAAUUUUUAGAUGAAAACCUACAUCUUGAUAGCAGUAAUACGGCUGUUUUAAAACUAGCCCCGAGCCUUGAACUCAGCGUGGAGUUCUGUACUGCUCAGUCUGGCCAUGUUGCAUGGAAGAAAAUUGCCCUUUAAUUAAGAACCAUCAGUGCAGAGGAUCCAUUGCUGAUGUAAAAGCAGAAUUGUGGUGUGAGUUCUUGAGAUCAUAGAAUCAUAGCAUGGCCUGGGUUGCAAAGGAGCACAGUGCUCAUCCAGUUCCAACCCCCUGCUGUGUGCAGGUCACCAACCAGCAGCCCAGGCUGCCAGAGCCACAUCCAGCCUGGCCUUGAAUGCCUGCAGGGAUGGGGCAUCCACAGUCUCCUUGGGCAACCUGUGCCAGUGCCUCACCACCCUCUGCAUGAAAAACUUCUUCCUAAUAUCCAACCUAAACUUCCCCUGUUUCUGUUUAAAGCCAUUCCCCCUUGUUUUAUCACUGUCCAACUGAUAGUAGGGUCCCCAUGUACACUGCAGAGCAUCACUAUGCAUUUUGUUGUUUUAAUUAAAACUUUAUAUACCAAUGCCUUUGCCUUCUGUGGAACAUAAUUACUGCUUGUUGUCAUACGCUGCAGAUAAUGGUUUUCUAGGACUUGCAUUUCAUUGCAAGCUGCUGGGUAGGGUAAGUACUACACAGGGAAAAAACAAUACCACAACAUAAGGAGACUGUACCUUGUCAUUGCUUAUUGAGCACGAGGGAUUUUGUCAGUGCUCUGUUGUGUUUAAUGAAAUUCUUAAUAAGAUCCAAGAGAAUAAAUUCAAGUUAAUAUUUCA